AAAGACGACAAUGGAGUCCGGAAAUUAACAGAAACAAAAAAAACGCCUGAUUUACAUUCGAAAGAUUUAGCUCGUUGGCCAUCGAAGAGCUCCAUCCCUCGCUGCUGCUGCUACGCGAGCCAAUUUCGUCUCCAAAGGUGAAAAACCAUCUAAUUCCAAGAAAUUCCGGCUAAAAUGAAUGCUUGUGUAAUGCGUUUGUGUCUCGAUGGGUAUAUAUUGAGCUCUGCGAGAGCAAUUGAUUUAUUCGUUGCAGGUGAACUACUGCGCAUGAUUUAGGACAUUGAUAAAGUCCUUGAUUGUUUUUCCGGAUUCUAGAGUUUUUUUCUGCUUUGAAAUGGUGCAAAUGUCUGCAAACACCAUAGUGACACCUAGAUGCAGUGUUGUUUGUGGAUUAAAGGACGAGUGGAGGAGAAAUUUAAGCAAUGGUAGGGACGCAGUCGCCGUAGUUUUGGGGACUGGAAGGCCCUUCCUGUGUUCUUAUGGAGGAAGAACAGCAUACUUUGCAGGUCACCGUAGCAUUGCCCGUCGAAGAAACUUGAGAGCUCAAUUUGGGUGGCUAUUUGGAGGACAGGAUAGGGGAUCAAAAUCAGAUGCUAGCUGUGAGCAUAGUGAGAGUGUCAAUGAGGAUAUUCUGAUGUUUUUCUUCGAGCUGGACUUGGGAACCCGAGUGCAGUAUGCUUUGAAUUUGGAGCAAUACGAUGUCGCGCAGCAACUGAGGAACAAAUUGACAGAGGUUGAGUCGGAGAUUAUUAAGCUCAGAGAAAGCAAAAGGGGUUUCUCAUCCAAAAGUGAAGCUCAAGACAUGGCUAUAAAAAUUUUACGUCUACGUGCAGAUUUGCAAAACGCAAUCGAGAGCGAGAACUACAGCUUAGCUGCUGAGCUGCGCGACAAAAUAUCCAAACUCGAAGCCAAAUCCGUUGAAGCAUCUGUAAGAGCCUUGGCAUAUGAAAAUGCACAAUUUGCUUUCCGUCUGGGCCAGAAAGUGAACCAUAAGAGAUUCGGUUAUCGAGGUGUUAUAUGCGGCAUGGAUCCCGUGUGCUGCGAAUCGAAGUCGUGGAUGGAUGUGGCAAAUGUCGACAAAUUGACUCGCGGUUCUGAUCAACCCUUUUAUCAGGUUUUGGUUGAUAUGCACGACAAUCCCAACCUUUUAGUAGCAUACGUUCCUGAGGAGAAUUUAUUGACACCUGAGGAAAAGGACACGGAUAGGUUCGAUCAUCCAUACGCAUCUUUCCUGUUCUACGGCACGGAUGCUUCCGGAGACUUCAUCCCUAUCAAACAAUUGCGCGACAAAUAUAACCAGCCUCGCCAUGAACUCCCAUACGAUCCACUCGACCAGGACGACGGAGAUGGAAAAGACGCAUAAGCUCGUCAAUAAAUGUCGAAUUUACCUGCAUUGCUAGAGGUUGAAGACGAUACAGUGGUGAUACAGUGGUUUGUACAUUUACAGAGGAUGUAAUAAUUUAUAAACACACAUUUGAUACCUUA